AUGUUUAAAUUCUCUCUCCCCCGCACCACAAUUUCUUCCCUCGAGCGCUUCGUCAGAUUCCCUGCUACUACCACGAAUUUCACACAAGGGCCUCAUAAUUUCCUGAACAACUACAAGUACGCUGCAGCAAUGUCCACCUCACCACAAAAAACGGAAUGGCUCUGCAUCUUGCCGGACCAGGUUAACGGCGGGCUGGAGAGGAGACUUAAAGUUCGCACGGAACAUCUCGAGGGUAUCAAAAGGAACCAAGAAGCCGGAUUCGCCAACUUUGGCGGAGUGUUCCUCAACGAACCCGCGCAGGAAGGGAAGGAUCUCUCCUUCAGGGGAUCUAUCAUUGUCGCUACAGGAGUGAGUAAAGAGGCCGUCCUCGAGGUCCUGAAGCAGGAUGUUUACUCCAAGAAUGAUGUGUGGGAUUGGGAAAAGGCCGAGAUCUAUCCCUUCAAAACUGCAAUUGCAUCCCCACUUCCGUACGUUUAGGUUAGAUAGCGAUGGAUGGGGGUGACUUGUCGUGAAGAUUACUAUUUUAAUAAACAUUUAAAUACCUCCUCCG